AAGACACAACACACGCCACUCCUUCCACGUUCCUCCUCUCCAUCGCACCUACUUUAUGGUGUCACCUGCACCCUCCAUUCAUGUCUUGAACCAUGGCCUAUUGUUUCGUCUGUUCCUCUCCUUUCGUCAGUGCUGAUCUUUGUCUAUGGCAGAGUAGAUUUAGGACUCCCCCUCCCCCUCUCUGUUGAUUCCAAGGGAACAGAGUAACAUAUCUCAGAGAGGAGAAAAGAAAGAAUGGAUCAUCAAAACCAAGGUUGGAUUUUAGGUGCUCUUCUUGUUUCAGUCUUUCCUGAUGGAUGGUGUAAACAUCGUGUUCGUUCCAUGAUAUUUGGUGGUAUUUUUAGCUGUAACGUUCUGGGAAACGCGGAAAGGUGUUGUAGGUGUUCGAUGAUUUGAUGAGGAGAGCGAACGAUGGCUUGUCGCAUCUGUUUGUUUUGUAUGGCUAAUUGCUAUAGUGGUUGUGGGAGAUCGCUCACACGCCACUUUUUCGUGUCAGCCCAAAUACCAUGGAGCAGCUCUUCUUCUUUUUGCGACGUUGAAAGUUGCACUUGUUUGGUAUCACAGUUUUGGUUCCCUGAGAAAUUGUGCUCGCCUGACCUUUUUUUUUCUCUUUAUCAGAUGCAGCCCAAGAAAAAGGAAAGAAUUCGUAGAUAUUUCUGCUUGUUUGCAGUCUUGAUCGCAUUGCUGCUACCAUCUGAUUAGUCUUUGGAUGUAUUCAGCUCCAAUGCGGCUCUCCUCUUCUCCUUCCUCACUUGAUAUCUCCGUGCAUUCUUUCAGGUUCUUCCUGAUUUUGUUGUGAGCUCACACGCCUUCCAUGGAGGGUCAGACAUCGUGGCAAUUUCAUCCUACUUCCCACCACCAGUCUCGGGUUGCGGAGUUUGAGCCGAUCCGCGAGGACAGCGACAACCACGACCAAGACGCAUUGGUUUCUUUGGACGCCAUUCUGCCUGAUGACCUCCUGGAGAAGGUCCUCUCCUUCUUGCCCAUAGCGAGCAUCAUCCGGUCGAGCUCCGUCUGCAAACGAUGGUACGAAGCUGUGCAUUCCGGGUGGCACUCAUGGGCCGAGAUGUCGCCUCAGAAGCCAUGGUACUUCAUGUUCACCUGCAGCGACGACGCCGUGUCGGGCUACGUCUACGACCCGAGCCUCCGGAAGUGGUACGGCUUCGACUUCCCCUGCAUCGAGAGGAGUAACUGGUCCGUCUCCGCCUCCGGCGGACUGGUCUGCUUGAUGGACGGCGAGAACCGGAGCCGGAUCUUCGUCUGCAACCCCAUCACGCGAGACCGGAAGCGGCUGCGAGACGCCCCCGGCGGGAAGACCCCCGACUACACCGCGCUCGCCAUGUCGGUGGACAGGAGCGCGCACAGCUACACCGUCGCCCUGGCGAAGUGCAAGCAGGCGCCCCAGGAUUACUGUCAGUGGGGCUUGUCGAUCCACGUUUACGAGUCGGGGACCCGAUCAUGGGCCACUCUCUUCAGUGAAGUCUUGGUGGGUUGGAGGGGAGGAGACGAGUGCGUGAUCUGCGACGGAGUCCUGUACUACCUGAUCUACUCCACCGGCGUGCUCAGGAACGUCGAACCGCGCCAUUGCUUGGCCAUGUAUGACCUGUCAGCCAGAUCUUCCCGCACAUCCUUGAUGCAAAUGGCGAUCCCGGUGCCAUGUUCACUGACCUGCGGCAGACUGAUGAACCUCAAAGACAGGCUAGUCAUGGUCGGCGGGAUCGGGAAGCACGACCGACCGGGCAUCAUCAAGGGGAUCGGAAUCUGGGAGCUUCACAACAGGGGAUGGCGAGAGGUGACUCGGAUGCCGCAGAAGUUCUUCCAGGGGUUCGGCGAAUUCGACGACGUCUUCGCGAGCGGCGGCGCCGACGAUCUCAUUUACAUCCAGAGCUUCGGAUCACCGGCACUGCUGACCUUUGACGUGACUCAGAGGGUGUGGAGGUGGUCGGCGAAGAGCCCGGUGAGCAAGAGGUUUCCCCUGCAGCUCUUUACCGGCUUCUGCUUCGAGCCGAGGCUUGCGAUCGCUUCCUGAUAUCUUUCGAUGCCUCAUGAAUUUAUCCUAGAAAUCCGACCAUUUGAGCUAGCAGACAGUGGCUGUCAUCAGGUUUUCGUUGCUGCUGUGGAAAAUGACAAACUCGCACCAACACACACCUGCAUCUGCCCAGGGAAGAAGGGAGGUCAGCUAGCCGGUGGCUCAGCCUCAGGCCUGCCCAUUGUCUCUGCCUGCCACCCUCACACCACCACCGUACCAUCACCAGCCAUUAAAAGCAGAGACCCAUGGCUGUACACUUGGUUCUUAGUUGUGGUUGGAGCUGUCUCCUUGCAUCGGUAGGGUAGCAACACAGCAGUAGCUUUUGUUUGUUGAAGUUGCAUCCACUGUAUCUAUCUUCUUGGCCUACGGGGGUUUCUGAGCUUUGUCUCUUUGCUGUCCACUAGUGCUACCAGUUUCUGGAGGCUUUACAUACAAUCCAAAACACAAUUAUGUGAGCAGUUGAAGUUAGGACAAAGUGGGGGUCACUGUGUGCCACUCUUAUUCUGAGGAGGUGAGAGGGAGAGUGUACUGUCACAGGAAUCAUCUUAGGGGAGAAUAGCAACAUUGAAACUUCAUCCAAUCAACAACUGAAACAUAUCUGUUUUCUUCUCUACUUGCAUAGUACUUUGUCCCCUUCAAAUGUUUGUCUUGUUAUGAUGGCUGUAAAG